GGAGUGCAGUGAACGUAACAAGGUUCUCCUUCCGCCGUCUGGGUGUGCAGAGAGCAGACUGAUAUCGCUGGGAGGAAAAUGUCCUGUGGGCUAUGGAAAGAAACCCUGGUUGUAGCAGAGGAUUACCUGUUCCUGUGCUGCACAAGCCCACUUCCAGCCCUUCCGCCUCCCAGUGAGUCAGCUGCUGCCAUGAGGAUUAUGGCCCAGGAAAUGGAGACGCAGCAUCAGCCUCGUUUCCACUCCCUUGCUCAAAGCUUUCUGAACAAAUGUGGGCCAGACCUCUGCUCCAGCCUCAGGAUGGUGAUGGAGGAGAUGGUGGGAGAUGGACAUUUGAACUGGGGAAGGGUUGUUUCGAUUUUUGCCUUCACCGGUGUUUUGGCCAGACAGCUGCAGGAGCAGAAGGGCAUGAAGCCGGGGCUGGACCCUGGGCAGCAGCAGCAGGAACUGGGACACGGGCCCGUAAAUAGCCAUGCAAUGGCUGAAACCAUAGCUGAUUACCUGGGCGAGCACAAGAAGGACUGGAUGUUGGAGAAUGAUGGAUGGGAAGGGUUCUGUAAGUUCUCCCGCAGUGCCAGAGAUGUGAGUCAGGAUUCGUCCAUGAAGACCGCGCUGUUUGCUGCUGCUGGCGUUGGCAUUGCUGGACUCACCUUCCUCCUGGUGCGCUAGCUAGCUUUCUACAUCCCUAAUAGUCUCAAUCAAGUUCUCUAUUAAGCAGAAUUAAGUAAAUAAUUUAAUUCUAUCAUCAGUGCUGCAACAAAUGAGCACAAUCUGUGGUGAAUUAAUGGUUGUAGUCUAAUGUCAGCUAAAUGUUUGCACAUACUUUAGACCCCCCACAGACGUAGAUACUGACCACUGAGUCACGUGCUCCUUAAGAUUGUAAAAUCAAUUUGAAUGCCUUGAAUUUUUGAAGUGACUUGACUUUGGUUUUCAUAUCUUUUUGAUCUGAAUGACUGAAGCAUCAUAUUCGGUUAUUAUUUAUUCACAUUACAAGGUAAUUUUUUCAGCUGUGCAGGUACAAGGCAGCAUUUAAGUUUUCCCCACAGAUGGGUUUAGUUUUUAAAAUUGACAAUUUUCUGUUUUUUUUUCUGUGUUUAUCUGAGUUGUAUGUGAUGAAUACAUUUAGUGUACAAUGUAUAAAGUAAUAUAUAAUAUUUAUAUAAAAUGGCACCUUUUAAGUUGCCCUUUUUCUAACUGAUCUGAUUGUUUUAAUUUAGAUUUUUGUAACUUGUACAAUGUCAGCAGAACUGGACAGAUGAUGACCCCACAAUGGUGCUAUAAAAUAUUCUAAAUGUUUCAUCAACUUAUCAAACCAGGGACCAAUCUAAAACAUAGGAUUAUUACCAAUUGUUUUUACUAUUGUUCUUUUUUUCCCCUAAAAAAAUAUAUUUUUACAUUUAGUUUAAUUUAUUUGUUAAUGUUUUUGUAAUAAAAGAUACCGCU